UUUUUUUUUUGGAACUGUCUAUUAUUUAAAUUAAAAAUAUUUAAAUUAACAAAAAUAAUAUAAAAACUUUUUAAAUAAAUCUUUAAUAUCAUUUAAUUUUUUGGCUCCUCAUGAGAUAUGAAUGAGGAAGAGUAUGAAGACAUAAAUUGCAUAGAUUUAGAUAAAUUAGACAGUAUUAGCUACAAAAGUGAUACAAGUUCAUCUUAUGAAUUUGUUUUAAUUGAUCCUUUCAAACUUGGUGAAAUUGGUAGCAGUGAUGAGACAGAUAACAGUUUUGUGCAUCUUAAUUACAAUAUAAUAGUAAAUGAAGAUAAAGCUACAGGGCAAAAAGAAAAUGACCUUAUUGAUUCUGAGAUAGAUAAGGAUAUUUACAGGGAAAAUUAUGAGAAAACAAUUUGUGAUGAAGCAAAAGAUAAGUCAAAUGCCAUUGAAGUAGGUUCGGAUGUCUUAACUCAAAUUAAUUGUGAAACAUCUAUUCCAGAGCCUUUAAAUGAUAAUAAAAUUGAGGAAAAUGAACCCAAAAUACCUACUAAAUUGAUAAAAUAUCAUUCAAAUAAUGAUAAAAUUAGAAACACUCUACCCAAAAUAAUCUUGCAACCCCCUCAUGAUAAAAAUAUUCAAAUAGAAAAUAUAACAACAAAAAUUAAGGCUGUUCUUAUUAAAGAUGUGAAGAUUAGAAAAAAACACAAAAAGACCAAGCACAACCUUACAAAUUUUGAAAAUAUUGCUAGACCACAAAAUGAGAUCAAGUUGACUAAUUAUAAUACUAUCAAUAAAGACACAUCUGAUUUCAAUUUAAAGGUACUUGAAGAUGCAUAUUCCAGUCUAUCAAACACAGAUGAAUCAGACAUCAGUAUGUUUUGUGAUGAUAAAUCAGAAUUCUCAAUGCUAAGAUUUAAAGAAAAUAGUGAUGAUGAUUUAUGUGAUAGUGUGGUUAAAUAUGAAGAGAACAUGAUCACGGAUGUGUUGGGAAAAUUAGUUUCAAGAUUAAACCAAUCUUCAACAUACAUAAUCAAUCCCUACAUUCAAGAUUAUUUUAAAUGGGUAUUCCAACACAAGACUAAUAUCAGCAUUGUUGAUUUGACAACUCCUAAAAAAAUGGGCAAGGUUUUUAAUAGAAAGAAAGAUAAAAUCAUCCCAACACAACAUUAUGAUAAUAAGGACAUUGAUAUGGAACAACAAUUUUUUUCUUCCACACUUUUAUUGAUACUUUUGGCCUCAUUUUUCAUCACCUCAUCUUUCUUAUUUUUUGAUGAUAAAUUAUAUCAGGACAAAAUGAACUACACUUUUUUAAAAUCUUCGCCAUAUUAUUUCUUGUAUCAAAACUACAAUACGAUUAAUAACGAACCUAAUGUUGUUAACUUUGUUUCAAUUGGAGGCUCAAAAUCAUCUGCUCGGCUCGCUCCCAUGCUCCUCCUGAAAAAUAAGACUCGAUUUUUGGAAAAAUUUUGCGAAAGAUUCAAAAUCAAGUCGGCUCAAAGGAUACAAGCUUGGAAAGAAGUUAUUAACGCCUCGAAAAGCCUGAACUACCCCCACUUGACUCAGCAAUUGAUGGAUUUAGAUUUGAAUAGAACCAUUAAUCUCAUCAAAGGUAUAGACAGGAAAUUGGCCAAAUUUCAACCUUUAUGCAGGUUAGGAAAUCCGGAAAUAUUAUCUUUGCAGUUGCCUUUCGACAAUCACCUUAUGUUACCACUAAGGAUCAAACCUAAAGAAUUGUCGAUGCAUACACUACCUUGCCCCACAUCGUUAAGUCAAAUACCCGCCCUUAUCACAGUCGACAGAGGAGAGUACCGCCCCAUGAACGAAUUAACUACCAUUUCGGCUAAUAUUGACAGCUUUGCGAGACUCUUGUUUCAUCGCCGAAUCCCCUUGCAAACAAAGGGUGACAUGAAGAGGCGUAAUAAUAGCAGAGAGACUCUAUGCGCAAAUUCUAGAGAAUUAUUGAUGGACGCAAAAUUUAUUCAAUUUCCAAACAAAACUCGGGCACUUUUACCUAUUCUCCCGAAUAACGUAAAUACGGAUAUUUUGUUCUUGAGACGAUUUUUCAACGUUCUUCCUGCUGCUGAUUCCUUAUACCCCGCUUCAUUAAACGACGUUGAAAAUUUAACUACUAAUUUGCACCUAAAAAAAUAUUCCAUCUUUACGAAUAUAGCGAAUGAUAGCUUAGGUUUAAACAAGAGCCACAUGAUCACUAUUAAGAAUGAGUCGUUAUCGUUUAACUUUCGGGGAUCCGGGGGGCUGGAUAAGAAUGAGAUUAAAAUCUUGGGUUCUCAUUUUCCUAAAUGCGCCUUGUUGAGUCUUUAUUCACGUGAUCAUCAUGUAGGAAAAGGCGAUAAAACGAAAUUACGGCGAUUGAUCAGAAACAGUGGCAAAGAAUUGGAACGCUUCAACAAAAAUUUUAAAUCUUUCCGUAAACAUUUCAAAAAAUUCCGCAAAAUUUAUGGGAAUGAAGGCUUUAAGGAUGAUUUUAAAAUUAUCAAUCAAAUCCUUUGGGAUAGAUUUCGAAUCCCCAUGUAUAGCGGAGUCGGUAAAAGACAUUCAAUCCGUCAUAAAUCAACAGCUGUAUAUCAACUGAUGAAUUUGGAUAAAGAACACAGGACCGAAUUCAUUCGCUCCAUCACUGGGGUUUUGAAAAAUAUGAAGGUGGGCGUCGAUAGACUUAUCAUUGAUAGCGCUAAAACACGGAAAUUGGCCAAAAAGUUUAGGAAGCUGCUUCAAAAUUUAUCUCGUGCAUUAAAACUUUUGACCAUGUUGGAGUUCGAUAUUUCACCCAGAGAAGGAAACUUGUCGCCUGUCACUCAUAUUAGUUAUUCUAAGGAAAUUAACGAAAGUCGAAAGCAAGUAAAAGUCAUUACGAAUAGAGUUUCGCACGGAGAUUUCGUCAGAAAAUAUAACGUUUCUACUAGUCUAAGUGGGAUUAAUAAUAACAAUUAUAAAAACGCGAUUGCCUUAACGAAUAUGACCCCAUGCGUGAUAUCCCUAGUUACCUUUGGUCCGAAAUCUUUUUGGAAAUGCAAAAAAUCAAUUUUCAUUAAAAGAAGACACGUAGAUAAUAAUAAUAACAAUAAAAAUAAUACCAUGCCAUCCUCUAUAAAAUAUGUAACCAUCGUCUUAAAGAAUAUUUAUCAUUCUAGUAAUAGAAUUUUGAAUCUGGUCAGACUACCGAACGAUGUUAGGAGGAGAAAACAAAUGAAGUUGGCAUCUCUCGAACUAAAUAAUAAGUCUAAUAUAGCCCCCGUGAUAAACCUAAACAUGGAUAAACGGUGUAAGCCUCUUACAGUUCGCGAUAAUAAAGAUCGAUCCGGAAUUUCUCGGCUUGUCUCAGUUAAAAGAUAUAAAAACAGCUUGAUUCCUCCCGCCAUCAUACCACCUCCACCACUACAUUUUACCACAAAUCGGGGUAUUUUUAAAAACCUGAACAAGUUGCACGAGCCCAUCAUUCUCAACAUCUGUCCGACAAAUGUUUUAGAUGCUAAAACGAGCAGAAUAAAUGUAGCCGAUAAAUAUUUGCUAGGCAAUCGUAUAAUAUUUACAUUCGUUUCUUCUAACAAGACCACUUUAGAAAUUCAGUUCAAGAGAGUUAGCAGAGACAAUGUUUAUAAAUUUUGGCUCAAAAAUGACACCUACAGGUGUAAAAAAAUCUAUAAAAUUUUUAUUUCUAAUAUGAGUGAUAAUUUAAACAAAAACACGAAGAUCUGCAACAGUAUGGGAGAGCCAACCAAAAUUUCCUCCUCCAGCAGCGAGGACGAAAUUUCGCUAGCCUCCUACGAUUGGUCAAAAUUUUCCAGAAUGUCUCAAAACGAGAAAGCCUUUGAUUGGUCCAUCGAUCAGCCAAUCGGGCCACCGAUAGGGCCCAUAGAGGAAUCCGAUUGGUAUCUUCUUAGGUUGGAAGAUAGACGCAAAUUAAGACGCACCUAAAAAAUAUUUAGCCUUUAUAUUUUUGCCGAUAUUUUAUUUAGUCCUUUCAAAUAUUUUUAAAUUCAUCAAUUCUUUUUAUAUCCAUUCCCUUUUCUUUGUUCAAUCCUUUAUUUAUUAUAAAAUAUUUUAACUUUCAAGUCACUUUAAGUUUUUACAUUGAUUAAUUAUUACAAAUCAAUUAGCAGUCCUUUAAGCGAAAUUUCGAUAUUCUUAAUCAAUCAAAUAAUAUAUGCGAACUCCAUUAUUUUUAUAUAAAAUGAUAAUAUAAAUCAAUGAUUCAUUUUUUUUUCUAGUCUUCACACAUUUACACUUAAUCCGCAAAAUGAUUACAAUAAUUUCGAUGAAUCAUUAUUUUGGCGAUGCAUCAUUCUACUCUUUUUUUCUUUAUCUGAUCAAACUUUUUUUAAACUUGUGUUUUUUACCGCUUUAACCAGUUAUUCUCCUAAAAAAACCAUAUAUUUAUCUAUAAUGACUUAAUCCUUCAUCUUUAGCGCCCAACGAACUAAUUCAAUGCAAAAUACAACACCAUAAAUGUACUGAUAUAAUAUAUUUUUAUAUUAAAUUUAUUAUAAAUUGUUUAAAUUAUAUCAUUUUAUUUUUUUUAGCUCCCCUUGCAUCAAAAUUUAGAAAUUUAUUUAUUAUAUUAAUGUUUAUAUUUUAAAAUAUCAAAUCAACUUUUCAUU